ACGUAUCGGUUCACGUGUCUACAUAAGUAUUUACGUCCGUCCAAAGGCGUUUAUGUUCUAAGCAUUAAAUUUCGUUACCGCAGUUGUGUCCCCAGUCUUAUAUUUCUCUAUGACUACGUUUGCUAUGCUUCAUCUAUUAUUAUUUAACUGCGCGGUGCUAACUUGAGAAUUCAUUAUUUUUUUGGUUUCCGUCACUAACGGUUGACGAUGUUCCGUUGGUUCGUGUUAGUUUUUCUGAAUGGAGUUUUUGUGGCUUAUUGUGCCGAUGGUGAAAAUGCACCGUUUCGGAGGACACCCUUGGGUGAUUUGAAAGGAUUUUUGAUGAAAACUCGCACCGGCAGGCAGAUUUCGGCGUUCACCGCUAUCCCUUACGCAGUUCCACCUGUUGGAGAUUUGAGAUUUAAGGCUCCGGUGCCAGUGUCACCGUGGGAGGGAACAUGGGAUGCGACGAAGGUCAGUCCUAUAUGCGUGCAGCGGAAUCCUUAUACGCGUCAACAUGAAAUCGUCGGCCAAGAAGACUGCCUCUACCUCAAUGUGUACUCGCCGUAUACUGACAAUGAAUCUGUUGCAGAGAAAGAACUACUUCCAGUCAUGGUGUUCAUACAUGGAGGAGGUUGGAUGUGCGGAGAUGCGACCACAGAAAUGUAUGGCCCUGAACAUCUUCUCGACAGAGAUGUGGUCUUCGUUGCUAUGAACUAUAGAUUAGGUCCAUUAGGUUUCCUAUCAACUCAGGAUGAGCACUGUCCUGGUAACAACGGCCUGAAGGACCAGCGAGAAGCACUUCGUUUUAUUCAGAAGAAUAUACAUGCAUUUGGUGGGAACAAUCAAUCUGUUACGAUAUUCGGUGAAAGCGCCGGUGGGGCCAGUGUUAAUUUUCACAUGUUGUCAGAAUCUAGUGCUGGGCUAUUUCACAAAGCAAUUUCGGAAUCUGGCACAGCGCUAGUGCCAUGGGCAGAAGCACCCCCUGGCGAGGCCAAGAAGAACGCUUUACGUCUGGCCAAGUUCCUGGACUGUCCGUCGUCACCAUCUGACCGUUUCAUUGCGUGUCUCCGCAAAUUGGACAGCCAUGAAAUAAUAGGAACUGAAUUCCUAUUUUAUUCCUGGGACUACGAACCCAUGACGUCGUUCAAAGCUGUCAUUGAACCUGACUUACCCGGCGCAUUUUUAACAAGAAACCCUCGAAAGCCUCCAUCUACAUCUUUCGUGCCCUGGCUUACUGGACUCAAUAAGGACGAAGGAUGUUUGAAAUCUGUAUGGCUAACAAAUUUCCCAGAACGAUACGAGGAAUUCAUAACUGGUUUUGACACCAUAGGACCCGUGACAUUCUAUUAUGAGAAUUCUCCGUAUCCUGAAGUCAUAACUGAACGAUUGAAAAAACUAUACUUCGGCAAUGACGAACAGAGUGUUAAAGAUGGAAUCCUUAAAAUCUACACGGACUCUUAUUUCGCUUACCCCAUGGUGGAAUCUGUAGAACAAGCCUUGAACUUUAGCAAGCAGCCAGUUUAUCUAUAUCAACUCGACUAUCGCGGGGCUAACAGCUUCUCCCAAAUCUUUGGCGAUCCUGUUGGGGAUUAUGGCGUGUGCCAUGCUGACGAGCUUAUGUAUUUGUUCCCAAUACAUUUCCUGAACAAUCCCUUCACAGAGGAAGACAACAAGAUAAUUGAUCUUAUGGUUACCUUAUGGACUAAUUUUGCUACCAGCGGAAAUCCCAAUAAACCGAUCCAACUGCCGUUUGAUUGGCAACCGGCAACAAGUGGAGAGAAAAUGGAAUAUCUGGAAAUUGGAAAAAAACAGGUGAUGAAAAAUGAUUUAGCAUCGAGGUCCAGACUAUGGUCGGGCUUACCGCUCUGGCACAAUGUGAGAAAACGAAGAUUUACUGAUGAGCUGUAAACCUGCAAUGCAUGGAAGAAGAAAAUUGAAUUUUAAUCACAGUGUUAUCUUCCUUAUUUCUUUAUGAAUUGAUAAAAAUUAAAUACGAAUACUGUACAAAAAUAUUAAUCAACAAUUCAGUAGUCACGUCGUGACCACGAUACAUGUAAAACACAUAAUUUAACCGUAGGUGUGAAAAUAAUUAUGUAUUGCAUUUAAUAGUCAACUAGGAAACGUAACUGGCUGAAACUAAUUUCAAAAUUAUCAUAUCAUUGCUUGUCGAAUCUUCUACAAUUGUUUUUGUAAUAAUUUUAUAAAUGUAGGCGUUAUGAUGUAACACAUAAAUUAACUGUAGCUGUGAAAAUAAUUAUGUAUUGCAUUUAAUAGUCAACUAGGAAAAGCAACUGGCUGAAACUAAUUUCAAAAUUAUCAUAUAGUUGCUUGGCGAAUCUUCGUCAGUUGUUUUAAUUUUGAAAAAUGUUGAUGCCUAAUUCGUAGGCAUUAUGAUGUAACACAUAACUUAACCGUAGCUGUGAAAAUAAUUAUGUAUUGCAUUAAUUGGUCAACUAGGAAACGUAACUGGCUGAAACUAAUUUCAAAAUUAUCAUAUCAUUGCUUGUCGAAUCUUCUACAAUUGUUUUUGUAAUCAUUUUAUUAAUGUUAUGUUGAAAAAUGUUGAUGUCUCAUUUGUAGGCAUUAUGAUGUAACACAUAAAUUAACCGUAGCUGUGAAAAUAAUUAUGUAUUGCAUUUAAUGGUCAACUAUGAAACGCAGCUGGCUGAAACUAAUUUCAAAAUUAUCAUAUCGUUACUUGGCGAAUUUAUUUCAAGUGUUUUAAUUUUGAAAAAUGGUUGAUGCCUAAUUCGUAGGCAUUAUGAUGUAACACAUAACUUAACCGUAGCAGUGAAAACAAUUAUGUAUUGCAUUUAAUGGUCAACUAGGAAAUGUAACUGGCUGAAACUAAUUUCAAAAUUAUCAUAUCGUUGCUUGGCGAAUCUUAGUCAGUUGUUUUAAUUUUGAAAAAUGUUGAUGCCUAAUUCGUAGGCAUUAUGAUGUAACACAUAACUUAACCGUAGCUGUGAAAAUAAUUAUGUAUUGCAUUUAUUGGUCAACUAGGAAACGUAACUGGCUGAAACUAAUUUCAAAAUUAUCAUAUCAUUGCUUGUCGAAUCUUCUACAAUUGUUUUUGUAAUAAUUUUAAUAAUGUUAUUUUGAAAAAUGUUGAUGUCUCGUUUGUAGGCAUUAUGAUGUAACACAUAAUUUAACCGUAGCUGUGAAAAUAAUUAUGUAAAGCAUUUAUUGGUCAACUAGGAAACGCAGCUGGCUGAAACUAUACUAUGCACAAAAAUUAAGGGAGCAGAAAAAAAAUCCAAAUUUUUGGGGGAUAUUCAACAGGCUGUAACUUAUACAAAAAUAGUCGUACAGCAAAAAAAUAAAAAGCAAAUUGUAGCUCUAAGUGUUUAGUUUUUGGAUCUGAGUUUGAAAAUUUUUUUUUGAAAAUAUUUUUCGAGUAAUCAUAAGAAAACCACCGAAAAAAAAAUUUUCGAAAUUUUUUUGGUUUUUUUUUUAAUCUACGGACGUGGAAAAAAUUUUUUCGACUCAACCUCCAUAUGGACCGGAUAGCUUGUUUAUUCAGAUUUAAUUUAGUUUUUUUUAAAUCUCGAUACGAGCAUUUCUCGCUGAGAUAUCGAUGUUUGAAUGGAAAAAGAUCAUUUUGUCUUUGAUUACCAAUAUCUCAGCAACCAAUGAUCGCACAGAAAUUUUGAGGUUGGUUUCAAAAACUUGAAUAAACUUUCUACAAGGAUUGGCAAUUGAAUUUUGAAAAAAAAAAUUUUUUUUCAAUCAUUACAUGAAUUUGAAAAAGCAUCCAAAAAAGGGCUUUUUGUCGUUUUUUGGAAAAUCAAGCGCCCAAUCAAAAAUAUUGCGGAAACCACUGACGUUAAGUGUGCCUUUUACUGUUCAAUAUACCCACAAAAACCCUACAAAGUUUCAAUUCAAUCCAGCCAACCGUUUUUUUUUCCCACUUGAUCGAAUUUUUGAAAAAAUUAAAGGAGCAAGAAUUUCGUUCUGAAAAUGUCAUAAUUUACGCUUUUGUGCUUGCGCACGUGUAUGUGUGUGGUUUUAUCAGAGAUUGAGACCCUGUGGUUCGUCACUUCCACACACACACACACACACACACACAUACAUCUUCGGAGAGUGAGUUUGGAGUCACAAAAUACUGUGGAACACACACAUACACGUGCGCAAGCACAAAAGCGUAAAUUAUGACAUUUUCAGAGCGAAAUUCUUGCUCCUUUAAUUUUUUAAAAAAUUCGAUCAAGUGGGAAAAAAAACGGUUGGCUGGAUUGAAUUGAAACUUUGUAGGGUUUUUGUGGGUAUAUUGAACAGUAAAAGGCACACUUAACGUCAGUGGUUUCCGCAAUAUUUUUGAUUGGGCGCUUGAUUUUCCAAAAAACGACAAAAAGCCCUUUUUUGGAUGCUUUUUCAAAUUCAUGUAAUGAUUGAAAAAAAAUUUUUUUUUCAAAAUUCAAUUGCCAAUCCUUGUAGAAAGUUUAUUCAAGUUUUUGAAACCAACCUCAAAAUUUCUGUGCGAUCAUUGGUUGCUGAGAUAUUGGUAAUCAAAGACAAAAUGAUCUUUUUCCAUUCAAACAUCGAUAUCUCAGCGAGAAAUGCUCGUAUCGAGAUUUAAAAAAAACUAAAUUAAAUCUGAAUAAACAAGCUAUCCGGUCCAUAUGGAGGUUGAGUCGAAAAAAUUUUUUCCACGUCCGUAGAUUUAAAAAAAAACCAAAAAAAUUUCGAAAAUUUUUUUUUCGGUGGUUUUCUUAUGAUUACUCGAAAAAUAUUUUCAAAAAAAAAUUUUCAAACUCAGAUCCAAAAACUAAACACUUAGAGCUACAAUUUGCUUUUUAUUUUUUUGCUGUACGACUAUUUUUGUAUAAGUUACAGCCUGUUGAAAAUCCCCCAAAAAUUUGGAUUUUUUUUCUGCUCCCUUAAUUUUUGUGCAUAGUAUAAUUUCAAAAUUAUCAUAUCAUUGCUUGUCGAAUCUUCGACAAUUGUUUUUGUAAUAAUUUUAUUAAUGUUAUUUUGCAAAAUGUUGAUGUCUCAUUUGUAGGCAUUAUGAUGUAACACAUAAAUUAACCGUAGCUGUGAAAAUAAUUAUGUAUUGCAUUUUAUAGUCAACUAGGAAAAGCAACUGGCUGAAACUAAUUUCAAAAUUAUCAUAUCGUUGCUUGGCGAAUCUUCGUCAGUUGUUUUAAUUUUGAAAAAUGUUGAUGCCUAAUUCGUAGGCAUUAUGAUGUAACACAUAACUUAACCGUUAACCGUAUCAUUGCUUGACGAAUCUUCGACCAUUGUUUUUGUAAUAGUUUUAUUAAUGUUAUUUUGAAAAAUGUUGAUGUCUCAUUUGUAGGCAUUAUGUAUCGCUAUUGCAACAAUUUCGUUAUUUGUGUUUAAUAAAA